GUGUGUCUAUGUCACAGACUCUUUCCUUCCCUGUAAGACUGUCGGCAAACAGCAAAAAGUAGCCUGCUUAGUAACUUCUCGGCGACAUCACGGACUCUAAAGAAUACCCCUCACAGUUGCCUUGCCAGCCAUGGAAAAACCGUUUCUGAAGAGAAUCGCCCGGGCUCUGGGCGGGUUGUCCCAGCUCCGUGAGUCUGCCACAUAAGGAAGAUAUUGGCAUCAAGCUUUUUGUUACUCACCGUUCUCUUCAUUUGGACUUUUCGUCGAGCACUGUUUUUAAGUUUGAAUAAAUAAAGAAGCCUCGCAAUAAGCCUUCCCCACACUACUUUCAACGGCCCCUGAUGUUUUCGUAAAAAUGGGUCAGAACUCCUCAAACCCAGUAUCUCCCCGGGCGGGGGAAAAGCGCACGCAAUCCCCGCCCCCUCGACCCAGUGCCCCGCCCUCUAAACCACCCACCCCGAGGACGCCCAACUACGUAGUUCCCGAGAACAAGGUCAUACACAAUGGCAUUGCAGAUAUGGGAAAAGCCAGGAAGCUUUUGCGACCCGUAUCUCAAGAACUGACAAAAUUCCACCCCGACUUUGCAGACAUUUUCCAGUACAAUCCUGAGAUUCCUUUCAAACCUGGAGAUGAUUCUCUGUCUGUCGAGCAAGGUGAGAAUGUUAUCAAAGACAAUAACAAAGAGAAUUCCAGUGCACCCCUCAUCCAUUCGUUGUCUUCACCCCAGCUCAUAUCUGCAACAGAUAAGCCAGGAAACGUUGCCAACGCUUCUAGCAGUAAUUUCUCGAGUGUAAAUACUUUUUCGAACGGCGAUGUUCCUAAAGAAAACGGUCACGUUCCGUCUCCGACAAACGGAUUUGAGAGCAACACUCUUGAUAUCACCCAACGCAAGCCAGAGCCUGCCUCAAACCUACGCCGAUCACAUUCUUUAGAACGCGAGAGAACCCAGCCAAUGAAAGUGACCCGUCAUCGUCGCCAAGCGUCCCUAACAACUGGCACGUCCCUUCAAGGGGCGGUAAUUCCCGAAGACCCUCGGGAGCACUUAUACAACGUUGCACGCCAGGAGCCAUUUUCGAACGUCAUGCCUAGUACGACGUCUCUCCCGCUGAAGAGUUCCUUCGACUUAGACUACUCUUUUAACGUGACCUACGCUCAGCUGUCUGAGUACCGCAGGCAGAAACGACUGAACGAGCUUGAAGAGAAAACAGGUAGGAAGAUGGAGGAGAUGAGCGCUGACAUAACGGCGUCCAACACGGUACCCAAAUCUCCCUUCGACAGACAGAAUCUUGGGGGCAAGUCUGGCACCCACAGCGUUAGCACGGGCAGUUCUGAGACGGGUGUGAGUAAAUCCAAAAAGAAGAAAGCACCUGCACCUCCACCUCCUCCAGGUGUUGCGCCAAAGAGAGACAAAAGUCCAGGUAACUUUUCACUCUCGACCGAGCCUCCUGCCGAUUACGAGAUGGAGGACAUCUCCAGCAACAACUCUUCUCUGAACCGCCAGUCGCGCUCACUUCAACGAACGAGUUCCAUUAUCUCCCGAACCUCGCACUCGAAGUCGCCAGCCCCGACUCCUCUUCCAAAAUCAAAGUUGGGCCAUCGCCAGCUUGCGUCGAUCAGCUCAACUCCAGCCCCUCCUCCGAUAGGGAACUUAGGAACUGACACGACGCCACUGGCUACGUCUAUCCCGCCAGCCCCACCCCUACCUAGCCACUUGCAGCAGACAACGCCAGCUCCAGCAGAGAAGACACACAAUGUGGUUCAGAAAGAUGCAAAAGUUUCUUCCCCACCUCAGAAUGCUUUACAGAAGAGCAUGUCGGAUGCUCGAGCGCAGAUUGAGGCUUUAAAGAAGUUAGAGGACGUUUUGAAAACACCUAGAACAUCUGAAGAAAAAGAAACACCAAAACCCGAUGAGGGCGAAGCGGUUGUGGAUUCGGAAGAAGUUAUCGCGCAACUGAACAGCGAAAUUAAUAACAACAGUGUCACAGAGAGCACUACGGAUCUGAAAGACAGCUCUGCAAGUGGGGGUAACGAUCCUGUUAACAUGAUUGAUUCAAAAGUAAACCUGGUGGCCAAGGAGUCAUUCACACUACCGACAGCAAGGGAGGAGAGUGGCUCAAAGUUAGAUGCGUCCUUUUCUUCGACAGCUUCUGACGGAAAGUUACAGCCAAAGAGGAUGAGCUCCCUGCUUCAGCACGACAUUAUGCUAGCCGCCCAAGCCCGGGGGUCUAAAGUGGUCAAGACAAAACCGCCACCAACGCUUGAGAAGCCAAAAGAUCCUGCUGAGCUUUUCCGUGAGGAGCUGGCGAAAGCUGCAAGCGCCAGAGAAGCCCGUAGACAAGACGCCAUUGCGAACGGGGUUGAUAAAAGUAAUCAGAUCACUUCGAAGACCCCCGGACAUAAAAAGAAUGUACCUUUUAAAUCAGUUUUCCAGAAAGUGUCAAAGAGAAACAGUUAUGACAAAGAUAAAGCCAAUGUUGGUGGGAAUUCCAGUCCUUUAUUGAAAGAAGCUCCCGGCAGCGAUAAAAAGAACAUUCCUGAUAAGGAUGAUCACGUGACAAAAUUAACUGUGACCAGCAACACUGACGCAAAUCCGGACAAUGGGGAUUUUGAUCAGGAAAUGAACGCUAUUGGAGCCAACUUGGACUUCGAUAAGCGAGGUCCUAUACACCCAGAGAGCGUGAGCUUGACCAGUUCUAGCGGCGGUUCCCAGCGCGUGUUCUCUCCUAGCUGGACACCUGAGGAUGACCUCGACUCCGAUGAUGACAUCAUGGAUGAAAGCUAUACACUGUCCGAGAGAAAUGUCUCAACCGAAGGCUUCAAAUCCUCUGUUAUUCCCACGAAACUGAAUGAGUUGAAAAACUCUAAGAAAAAGAAACAGAAGAAACAGAAAAAGCCAGAGGUAGCGCCGAAACAGAAAAGCCUCGAUGACUUGGCCUCGGCAGAGAAUGGCGACGUCAAGUCUGCCGCUGGUAGCAUUCGCAAAUUCAAGAAAAGUGUUCACGAGAGCAUGAGGAACGCUUUCGACUCCAUUAGCAAGGCUUCUGGGAAGCUACUGAAGAAACAAAAAUCUUGCGAAUUCCUCGACAUUAGUAAAGAACUGCUUCCUCAACAAGGCCUUUCUCCGAGGGAGGAAAGAGCACAGGUUUCUCUAAAUCCCAACUGGGAGAUGUCUGGAACUCACGAAGGUUCUCUUCGGCGUCGGGUCAGCGAUGGUUCAGUGAGCGUUCCGUACGAGAACGAUGUCGACGGUAUUGACAUGUCGGAGGAAGAGUCAGACGCUGAUGUUGGAGAUAUUGACUUUGCCAGUGGUAUAGACGCCAUUUCUUCGCCCAGAAGUUUGAAGAUGUCAAGCGGUGCUGGGAAUAUGAAACAGCUCAAGAGAGCUGGGGUUGCUUAUAUGAGCAAGAACGGACAAAUAGUUGUGCUCCCAGAAUACGAGACUGUGAACGUAGACACAGAAGGUCGUGUCGUUGGCGAGUCUGGUGCCGCUGAGGAGGGCAGAGCGCCCAAGCUCUAUAAGAAAAAGAACAAGAAGUUUUCUUACGAGUCCACAGUGAGGGUACAAGAGCGAAGUCGUCUAGACGAAUCGUUGUCGAACGAAAUUAAAGAAAAGGAGAAGCAGAUAGAGAUUGAAAGGCUUCGACAGAAGGAGAUUGAAAGAGACUUUUUGAGGCUGAGAGACCUGGAGGCCCAAGAGCGACUCCAGAGACAGAUCACAAUGUUGCAGCAGCAGCAGGUACAACAGGCACACGCCAGCCUCAAUAACAGCUCUACGGGGAUAAUGCCCAUGGACCCGCUCCGUGUAGUGCCGAACACAGGGCCCAUCCAGAGCUCUUUUGGGCACUCCAACCAGAUGGUCAACUCUUCUUAUAUGCCCAAUGGUCAUGGGAGUUAUAUCGGAGGAGGAGCACCGGCACAUAGCUCCUCCCACUUGGCCGGGAGCACGGCCCCGCUGUCACAUCAGAGGUACAGCGUCCCUCCUACUGCCUUUUCCACAACAGUGUUGGGACACCCUAUCUCCCACACAUCACUGGCGGCAACUACACUAGACUCCGCCCCGUACGCCAAUCAUUCUGCUCCCAUCAUCGGCGGGGGCGGAGUGUCCUCUACUGGCACCCCUAGCGCAUUUCCCAACCUAUCGAGCCAAGACGUGGGCUACCUCAGCGAGUACAUGCGGAUGCUGGGCGUCACCCCGCCUUCCACUCAGCAACAGUGGGCGGUCCUGCUGAGCACCCUCAGCAUCAACACUCAGCCAGGGUACACGGGGUUUGAAUCUUCUCAGGGAACCCACCACGCCCACUCCGGCUACAACAUUCCCAAUCUCCAUGGUCCGGACCUGUCUCAGAUUUUUAGCGGUAACGUUGGUGGGGGGAAAACUCUAGAAAGCACGACCAUGGGCUCUAAGAAACAGGUGAUCAGUCUGAUAACAGGAUCUCAGAGCCCCGUCAUGGGAAGAGACCUGUCUCCCCUCCAGCGCAUUCCUCAGGACGGCCUGUACUAUAAAACACUACUGCAAACAAUGAUGGAAGCAGCAGCCGGCAGGGAGGGGGGUCUUCAGAACAAUUACCCGGUCCAAGGCCACAACCAGCAAAACGCAUCACUUCCUCCUCCUCCUCCUCUUCCUUCUUCUCAUUCUCUUUCACGUACUGCUACAACAUACAACACAGCAGCAGAGGAGACAACAACACCACCAACAACAACAACAAACCGUCAGUCUCAUCAUCAACCUAUGAAUACCGUCACCGACAACGAUACAGCAACUACAGUGACGGCAGAACGAAACGGUUUCCCUGACGACAAAGCUAGUUCCUCUCGAGACCUCACCAAUACCACCACCACCAGAAUUACUGUAGUUAACUCGCGCAAAGAAAACGAGGGCAUGGCUCGUAUUUCGGUGCCGGACUAUGCUGGAAUACAACAGCAAGACGAGCGCAUGGAUUACACAUCCGAGGGGAACGACAAUGGGAAUUUGCCAGCAGAGCCCGCCAACGGCGAGGUACGGUCUGGAGACACAGCACCAUUUGGUCAAAGGGCGGGCCGGCCCUUUUCUGGGAUACCUGCUAAAGUGUAUGGGCCUUUGGGAUUUCGCCCCGUCUCUUUCCCGGCUAGAAGCUCCUGAUCAAAAGGUCUCAAGUUUCGGAAAGAGCUCAUCCCCUCGAUACGAAGAAUAACACAAGCUUCAGAACCCUUGCUGCCACACACGCCUCUAGAACUCCUGCCACACGCUCCUAGAACUCCUGCCGCACACACCAUGAGAACUCCUGCUACACUCACACUCCUAAUGCCCUAGAACUCCUGCCACACACCCCUAGAACUCCUCCUACACCCCAUCAGAACUCCUACCACACACUCCAAUACCUCCUGCCACACACUCCUAGAACUCCUGCCACACACCAGAACGCCCAAGUACCCCCACCAAGCACCACAGACGCCCUAGAACUCCUGACACACACUCCUAGAACUACUGCCACACAUUCCUAGAACUCCUGCUACACGCCUUAAGAACCCCACCGGGACGCCCAAGGUCCCCUGCCAAGCGCCACAGACGCCCCAGAACUCCUGCCCAGCGCCCCAGAACUCCUGCCAAGUGCCCAAGAAGAACCCAUGCCAAGCGUCUCUCCUGGCGCCUCUCCUGUUGCACCAGUCCUUUGGUCACCGAUCUAGUGGAUGGAGCAACCGUGCCCUCACACUUUGGAACCAGCACCACGACUGUUGACGUACGGGGGAACUCCCUCCCCUUCUCCUCUAGGCUGCAGCCUGUUCUUAUACCCUUCUCUUCCCGGGAGAGAUUCGAGAAACUGGCAGACACCAAGCGACACAAGUUGUGUUCAGCAACGUGUGUUAAUUAACAGAAACCUACCGUACUCUGGUACUUUCGACUAUUUUGUAUGAACAGAGUUAUUUUCCAGUUGGGGUGUGGUAACAGAGGGAAAAACUCAUGAAGACCGGAGUUUUAGUUUUAGAAAGAUUUUUUACGGCACCUGCAUCACAUACAGAUCAUAUUAUUAAACGUGCCGAAGAUUAGAGGUGUUACUA